CACCUUACAAGUCAAAACUGCUGCUGGAAAUACGUCACAGGUCCCUUCGGCCCCAGCCCAGAUUGAUUAUUGCCUAGACCAAGGUCUACAUAGUAUUCCAACCCCCGACCUCACGCAAACCAGCCCCGCCUCGUACUGGAGCGACAUAUCUGCGGGUACCCCUCUUCGUCAACUCUAUCAUCUAACCAUAGACAACCGCAAACUACGCAUUUGCUCAAACCAGACUAUAAAUAACGCUUGUUUUUUUGGAAAAUUUAUAGUCAAAACUCUAUCGAUACACCACGCCAAUUUCGUCCGUGGCCAUGUCGCGCUACGACGCCUACGACGCUCCCGUGCGCGAGACCCGAUACUACCGGGAGGAGCGUCAUCGGGCAGAGCCUCGUUACGAACAAGACUAUCUGAGCGUCAACCCGGCCAGCAGAACCCAGCAGCUCAUCCCCCGUGUCACCCGCGAGGACAGCGAUCUCUCCAUCGAAGAGGUUCGCCGCGACUUCCCGCCUCCGGGUUAUGCCUCCAGGGACGUGCGGCGUACUCGCUCGGCCGAGCCGGGCUACGACGACGAUUAUUACUAUCGCCGCGACCACGAUAGUCGCUCCGUGAGGGACGACCCGCGCGACCACCGCAGCAGGAAGACCGGCAGCGUCUACUACGAGGAGGAGGAGCGGACGCGCAAGCGGGUCCUCAACAAGCAAGAACAGAUCAUUGCUGCUGUUGUUGGCGGUGUCAUCGCUGCCGGCGCCAAGGAGGUUUGGGAUCGCCGCGAGGCCAAAGAGAAGGGCCACGGGGAUGUCAACCGCAACUUGGCUGCCUCUGCCGCCUUGGCGGCUGGUGGUGCCUUCGCAGGUUAUCAAGGCGCCGAGGUCUACAACAAGCACGCCGCCAAGGAGGAGAAGAAAUCCACUUACGUCGUGCACAAGGGCCGCGAUGGACGCGUCGACGAGCGCUACUACUCGGACGAAGAAGAGGAUCCCAGGGACAAGAAAGGGAACAAAUCCUUCCUGGAGAGCGCUCUCGGUGCCGCCGGGCUUGGUGGGGCCAUCAAGGCCUUGACCGGCGGCGGCGAUGAUCAUCGAUCUGAAGGUCGAAGCCGCCGUGGCAGCCCGGACUCUACUCGUUCGCGUGGUGGAGGCGGCGACAAUGCCAACCGUAUGCAGAAGGCAGCCAAGGCUUCUCUCGUAGCCGGUGCAGCCGAAGCCUUCCGUGUCUCCAGGGAGCCAGGUGGCUGGAAAGGAGAAAAGAUGAAGCGCAUCCUAACUGCCGCCGCCGGUGCAGCAACCAUUGAUGCGGCUCAGAACCCCGACAAGGACAGCAAACGCCACCUGAUGGAGUCUGUUAUCGGUGGUCUCGUCGGAAAUCGUGUCCUGAACGGCUCUAGAAAGGAUAUCGAAGAAGACAGAAGGACUGGCAGGAGCCGCUCCAGGUCCCGGGCACGAUCCGACGGAGGUGGCGGUGGCGGUGGCGGUACAGGACUUGCAGCACUUGCGACGGCUGGACUAGGCGCUUUGGCCGGCAAGAAGCUCCUCGACAAGAAGGAGGAAUCGCGAAGCCGGAGCCGGCGUGGUAGCCCCGACUCUUACUACAGCCGAGACGAAUCCCCGCGCCGGCGACAACGUAGCCGAAGUCGGAGUGUUGUCGACACGGCCCGUCGCAGCUUGGCCAAGAUUGGCCUUGGCAGUGCUCCGGCCGACGACCGUUCUGACUAUGGAGGGUCGCGCGAUUCACGCAGACGUCGCGGUCAAAGCCCAGGCGACAGAUACGAUGAUGACUACGAUGCCCGAGGAGCUUACAUGAGAGGCGGCCGGGGCGACGAGCACGACGAUAGAUCGGCUAGAGGCGGUGGUAGACGCCGAAGCAGGUCAGUCGGACGAGGAAGCCGUCGCUCGAGCUCGGUAUCUAGCAGCGACCUAGGCGACUCCGACGAGGAUGAGAAGAGAGCAAAGAAGAUGAAAGACCGGCGUCGACGCCACGACCGCUAAAAGAAAAAGUGAUUGCUUGUGGCUUGUUUAGGAAACAAUCCUUGUGCGGCUUUUCUAGAACGGGGGGG